AUGUUCGUGCGCCGCAGCACGGUAAGCGCCUUCGCCAUCCUCUUCCUCGCCAUUGCGCUGCUGUAUCAAGACACAGUGUGGGACGCCCUGUCGACGAACACACGACGCGACUCACCAUGCUUGUGUCUAACCGGUAUCUUUGCCGACGCCCAUCUCCUUGGGGCUUUGCGCCGCAGCAGCAGGCCCUUCAUCGGCAUUCACUGGCGCGUGACUCCCGCCUUUGCCAGUGACUUCAUGGACCCGUGGCGCUCCAAAUACGCCAAUUGCCUGGCGCUGCAUGAGCUGCAGCCGCUGCACGUGCCUGAGGGGAUGUCGGCGGUAGACGCGCUGCAUCAGCAGCUCGAGGACGAUGUCGCUCGUGGCAAGGGGGAGAAGGAAAAGGCGAAGAGUGUUGACGGUGAUGAUUGGGCGAUACGCGGCAGCGGUGCCUUUGUGUCGCGGCGGCGGCGGGGGCGGCGUAAAGGGUCCGCUGCUGCGCCAAUGUGUCACGUGUGGCUUCUGCCAGAGGCCUCGCAGCUGCCGCCGGCGGUGUGGGUAGCGCUGGAGGAGCUGCUGCAGGAGGGCACACUCGCUGGAAGGCCUGUCCGCACAUCGGGCACAAGCGGGGCGUUGAACCCGCAACAAGAAGGACAACAAUACUACCCACUUGGCGUGUUGUUGUUGGCCGACCGCGACUCGCUGAAGCGCUUGAUGCCCCCUCACACUGCCAUGAUGUUCACAGCAGUAGGCCACUGA